GUGUUAACUCGUUCGCAACCAUUUUCUCCUAGACCUAUUAGCAUUUGAUUGGUUUUCCUAUAACUACUCCACUAUUUCCUCAUAACGCGUCUUUUUCUCUGUGGAGAACAUCGGGCCAGAGAGAGGAAGACCUGCUGAACUGAGCAAACUACUGCAAUGGCAAGCUCCCAUGAAGGAACGCUAUCGGGAAGCAAGUACCCAGUGUUUCUGAGCUUCAGAGGACCCGAUACUCGCGAGGGAUUCACCGACGUCCUCUUCCAUAACUUGACCGAUGCUGGAAUCUGUGUCUUUCGAGAUGACGAGGAGCUUCGUGUAGGUGAAAGGAUUGAUGGAUCGCUACAGCAAGCGAUCGACAAUUCCAAGAUCUAUAUGCCCGUCUUCUCUCAAAAUUAUGCUUCGAGUCAAUGGUGCCUUAGCGAGCUCACGCGGAUCUUGGCAAACACCUCCAAAUCGGACGAUAAUAAAGAGAUCCUACCGAUUUUUUUCGAUGUGAAACCUGACGAUGUUAAGUUGAAAAAUGCAUUGUAUAGUGAUGCCAUCCUAAGUUUGCAGCACGAAAGGGAGUUGAGCAAUGAGCAAGUGGAUGCAUGGAGAAAGGCUCUCAAGGAGGUUGGUGCGAUAAAGGGGUGGGAAGUGAAGAAGUACAACGGUCAUGGCAAACUAAUCAAAUUAGUAGUCGAGGAGGUCGUGGAAAAGCUGAAGACAAAACAUAGAUUAGUGACUAAACAUUUAGUUGGAAUUGAUGAUCGAGUGGUAGCAGUAAGUAAAUUGUUUGACAUCGACUCUGGCGAUGUGCGGCUCAUUCAAAUUCAUGGCAUGGGGGGUAUUGGUAAAACGACUCUCGCAGGGGUUGUCUUCAAUCAAUUCUCUUCUCAUUUUGGAAAGUAUUGUUGUUUUCUUGAAGAUGUUCGAGCGAAGUCAUCAAGUAUUGGCUUAGUUGAGUUGCAGAAAAAGUUAUUGACCGAAAUUGGCGUUAGUGCAGGAACAAGGAGUAUUGACGAAAUUGAUUUUGGAAUGAAAAGGAUUGGAGAAGUACUUCACAAUAAGAAAGUACUUAUUGUACUUGAUGAUGUUGAUAACAGUGAACAAGUGAAGAAAUUAUUUGGAAAUGGUGCUUUGUAUCCAGGAUCAAGAAUAUUGAUUACAACUAGAGAUAAAGAUGUUCUGCAAAGCUAUAGAUUAGAGUGUCAAAUUUUAGAGUAUGAAAUGGAGGUGAUGAGUAUUGAUCACGCUCUUCAGUUUUUCAGCAAGCAUGCAUUUGAUAGAAACUCUCCUCCAAAAGAUUACAAUGAUCUCUCCAAGGAAAUUGUAAUUACUACGGGGACACUUCCAUUGGCUCUUGAAGUAAUUGGUUCACUCCUCUAUCAAAAACCACAAGACGAAUGGGUAAAGACGUUGGAGGAGUUGAGGAAAGCACCUCACACAAAUGUUUAUAAAAAGUUGAAGAUCAGCUAUGAUGCCUUAAGUUUCGAGCAACAACAAAUUUUCCUCGAUAUUGCUUCCUUUUUCAUUCAUGAGGAUAAGACGAAUGCAAUUUACAUGUGGGAAGAAUGUGGGCUUCUCCGAAAGGAUGGGGUUGAUGUCCUCAACAAUAGGUGUUUGAUAAAAAUUGCAGAGAAUAAUACGUUUCGAAUGCACGAUCAACUUAGAGUUCUUGGAAGAGAAAUUAUUCGUGAAGAAGAUCGAAUGAAUCCCGGAAAUCGUAGCAGGUUAUGCAUCCACAAUGAGGUCCUUGGUGCAAUAGGAACAAUGGAGAUGAAGAAGAACGUUCAAGCACUGGAUCUUGAUCUACGCAAAAGUAAUCUUAAGGACAUAACAAGUGAAGAGAUUGGAAGGUUUGAGGAUCUAAGAUGCCUCAAAUUAAAAGGGGGAACCUUUGUUGGUGACUUAACAAAUUGUCUUACUAAUCUAAGAUGGAUUUUUUGGAGUGAUCCUCCUCGAACGUCUAAGCCAACCAAUUUGCACUUAAAGAAUGUGGUUGUUCUUGUACUUUCACACAAUGACUUCAUAGAUGAUUCAAAACUACAGAGUUUAAUAAAGAUGGCACAACAUUUGAAAGUUCUUUCUCUCGAAAGCUGUCAUAAUAUAACCAGAACACCAAACUUUUCUGGAUGGCCAAACUUAGAGAGGCUUACUUUCGAUGGUUGUUCUAGAUUGAGGAAAAUUGAUGGCUCUAUUGGGAAGUUGAGGCGUUUGAUUGACCUAAAGAUUCAUAGUUGUUGUUCUCUUGAAGGUUUGCCCGAAGAAAUCGGGGACCUAGAGAAUCUAAAGCACUUCUUUGCACAAAGGUGUGAAAUGAAGAAACUUCCAGAAUCCGUAUGGAAGUUGAAAUCAUUACGUGAGGUGUACUUUUCACACCACUUUGACAGAUUAGAUUCAACAUAUUCAUGGGAGCUACCUAGUGCUAUUGGAAUGCUUCAAAAACUGGAAGUGCUUAAAGACGCGAAUUGCGAUUGUCAAAUUCCUUCUGCAAUCGGAAGUUUGUCCUUUCUAAGAAUCCUAAAUCUAUCACAUACUCAUGUUAGUGAAAUUCCAAAGACUGUUAGCAUGCUUUCAUGCCUGCAAAGAUUGGAGUUGAUGGAUUGUCAGGAGAUUCAAGAGUUGCCGGCGCUCCCAAAAAGUCUAACCCAUCUACGUGUGUCGUCUAAAUCAUUGCGGGUAGUCCCGGAUCUCUCGAACUUGAUUAAUUUGGUUGAGUUGGAUCUAAAUUACAGUGGAGAAGGAGGAGAUAAACUUUGUACCGGUGAGCUACGGUGGAUUGGGAGGUUAUCCAAACUGACAAAAUUGAGCUUAAGACUUCAGAAUGUCCCUGCUCCUGCUGAGUUAGCUUCCCUUCCUCUGCUUGACCAACUUGAUAUGUUUGGAAUGGACAUGCAAACCUGUCCCCAACUUCCUUUGUCUCUGCAAAAGCUAGGCCUCGAUAAUUUUAAUCCUAUUGUGUCAAUCUUUCCGAACCUGAGAAAUUUGUCAUGUUUCGAGCUUUGUAGGUCUCCAAUGCAAGAAUUUCAACUCGAAGGGCUUCAACUUCCGCAUCUAAGACAGUUGAUCGUGCAACUCUGUGUGUCCCUCCGGAGAUUGACGCUAUCAAGCAUGAGGAAGUUGAAAGAUGUAGUGGUGGGAAGAAGUCCAAAGCUAGUUGAGAUCCAAUUUUCUGGGUUUUUCGAGUCACUGGAGGAUUUGACUAUUGAAUGGUGCGAGUCCUUUGAAAGGCUAGUUUAUGUGGGGGAAGCAAGGCGAGAUAAUAAUGAGUCUGCUAAUGAGAUGAUUACCUGCGAAGGGAGACUAAUCCUUCCAUUGAGAGCCUUAAAUAAGUUGAAAAGCUUCGAAAUGCAGGGUUCUGAAAAGAUAAGCGAGAUCUUAAUUGUCGAUACAGUGGAAUCGUGGGAAGUCUUCAAAGUUUGGAGUUGUCCUUUGCUGCAAAGUCUUCGCGGUUUACCAAACUUAAAGAACCUACGGUCUUUAGUCAUCCAAUACUGCAAAAGUUUACAAGCUGUCGAGGGCCUCGACGAGUUGGAGUUUUUGCGCCGGUUAAUACUUAGCAAUUGCCAAUUGUUGGAACGGUUGAUUGAUGUAUCAACCACCAAAUUGCCAGACUUUUGCCACUUAGAGAUCUCCAGUUGCAGGAAAUUACGUGAGGUUAAGGGAGGAUUCGAGGGCUCCAUCCAAUCUUUCAAGCAUUAUAAGGUGAGCUGAACCACUCCCUUUUUGUCUUUUCGGUUUUCUUGACCCAACUAUCCAAAAACGUGCUUUUAGGCAGAUUUGCAACGGUUGUAGGGAAUCGAAAAACAGUCAACGAACAUGAAUUGAAUUUGGUCUCGCUUAUUUUGAAACUCAGUUUGACGCAGGUUCGUUUUAUUUUUCGCUCAUGCUUUCUCAUUUUCUUUUAUUUUUUCCCUUUUUUUUUUUCCUUUUUUGUAUAUGAGAAAACUCUAUAUUUGCAGCAAGUCUAAGGGAGAAGGUCAGUUUUCAUCACAAAUGAUUGGAAUAACUGCAAUGUCUAGAAGAA